CUCCUCUUAUAUAUUGCCGAGUAUAGACCUAUUUCUUUCUCAAUCAACUUUCCCCUUUUGUUUACUCUGAGUCUGACCACAGUUCUAGGGUUUUGUUUGACUUAUAAUGUCUGUAAUGGAGAAGAUAGGGGAAGCGAUGCAACAAAAUGAGGAGAAGAAGAAUGGUUUAAGGAAAUCAAUUUUGACGUUAAUGUUGGAAUGGAGGAACUUUGAGAAGGACUUGAACGUAUCCACCACCUGUUUGAAAGAAUGCUUCAACGAACUCGAAGCCAAAGAAAAACACUUGACUUCAGUUCAAGAGUCAGUAACGGAGAGUUCUAAGGAACUUGAUUCGAUUAGGGAAUCCGUUGAGAAGAAACGAGAGGACGUUGAGAAGAAAAAGGAAGAGUUUUGUGUAUACCGCGAAGGGGAAAUUAGGAAUCUUGAAUACAAGUGGAAGGAUUUGAAUUUGGCCAGAAAAGGGUUUGAUGAGAUUGUGAAAUUGAGAGAGGAAAAGUUGAAUGAGCAGGAGAAGAUGGUGGAACGCUUUUGGGAGGAAAUUGAAUUUGAGCGCAAGCAGCUUGAGGAUCUUAGGGAGUUUGUAGAGAAUAGGUUUAAGGAGAUUAGUAUGAAGGAGAAGGAAUUUGAGGAGCGUACCAAGGAAUUCAAUAAGAUUCAGAGCUGGAUUCGUGAACAAACAGGUGCCAUUGAGUUGAAAGAGAGAAAAUUCGAGGAACGGGUUGUAGAAUUUGAAGUUAAGGAAAAGAUUUUGCAGUCGAUGGAGAAGGAGUUUGAGGAGCGUUCAAAGGAAUUCAGUAAGAUUCAAAGCAGGAUUCGUGAAGAAACAGAUGCCCUUGAGUUGAAAGAGAGAAAAUUCGACGAACGAGUGGAAGAAUUCGAAAGUAAAGAAAAGAUUUUGCAGUCGAUGGAGAAGGAGUUUGAGGAGCGUUCAAAGGAAUUCAGUAAGAUUCAAAGCAGGAUUCGUGAAGAAACAGAUGCCCUUGAGUUGAAAGAGAGAAAAUUCGACGAACGAGUGGAAGAAUUCGAAAGUAAAGAAAAGAUUUUGCAGUCGAUGGAGAAGGAGUUUGAGGAGCGUUCAAAGGAAUUCAGCAAGAUUCAAAGCAGGAUUCGUGAAGAAACAGAUGCCCUUGAGUUGAAAGAGAGAAAAUUCGACGAACGAGUGGAAGAAUUCGAAAGUAAAGAAAAGAUUUUGCAGUCGAUAGAGAAGGAAAUAGAAACUAAAGGAAGGGGCUUGGGUUCUGCGAGGAAAGAACUUAUGGCAAAGGAAAAUUGUUUGGACAAUGUGAAGAAAGAAUUAAGGGUGAAGGAAACUAAGUUAGAUUAUGUGAAAAGGGAACUUAGAGAUAAGGAACAUAACCUGGAUUUCAUCCGAAAGAAACUUAGGGAGAAGGAAACUACCUUGGAUUCAGUGGCAAAUGAACUCCUAGGAAAGGUUAACAACUUGGAUUCGGUGAAGAAGCAACUUAGAAUCAUGGAAGACCACCUUUCCUCAGUGAAGAAGGAACUCGAGCUCAAGGACAAGAGUUUGGAUACAACUAAGAAAAAACUUGAACUCCAGGAGCAGGAGUUAACUUCAUUCAAGCAGAGAAUCCAAUUACCGAAGGGAGAGAUUAGUGCUGUUGGAAAAACAUGUAGGCAGCGCUUUGAAGAACUUGAUUCUAGGGAGGAGAAACUGGGCUCGGUUAGCGCAUCUGUCCAAAAUUGUGAUGGUGAGUUUCAAUUAGAAAAGGAAAAUUUCCAAAAAGAGCAAGGAUUAUUCCAGAAAAGAAUGGACGGUAUAGAACUUAAAGAGAAACAGGUUGAGGAGAGGUUUAGAGAGCUUAAACAAAGAGAGGAACUCAUUGAACGUCGGUUUAAAGUGCUUGAGAAGAAAGAGAAGCAGCUGGAAACUGUUUGUAAUGCUCGUGUAAAGACAGAGCCUACUGAUUAUGCGGAAGUUGAUAGAGUUGGUGCUACCACUACUAAGUCUGCUGAAAUAAGAUUUUUUGUCACAAUGGACGGGAAGAGUUUACAGAUAUACCUAAAUGAGCGCGAGAAGGAGCUGGAUUCUAUGUCUGAUGAAGUUUGUAAAGCUCUUCAAUUGUCUCCGAACCCUGGACAACUGGUGCUUGAUGCAAUGGAAGGGUUCUAUCCUCCCCACUUGAGGAAGGGAGAAACAGAGUUCGAGGCCAGUGUUGCUAGGCGGAGUUGCAUUCUCCUAUUAGAGCAGUUGAUUAGAGUCUCACCGAAGAUUCAACCUAUUGUGCGAGAAGCAGCAAUGGAACUUGCGAGAGCGUGGAAGGUUAAAAUGAGGGCAACAAAUGGGAAUCAAUUAGAGAUCUUGGGCUUCAUGUACCUAUUGGCUUCUUACAGGCUGGUUUCUGCCUUUGAUUCAGAUGAGCUUAUGAGCCUGCUAACUAUUGUUGUUGAGCACAACAAGUCAAAAGACUUAUGUCGUAUUCUUGGUUUCACGGAGAAGAUUUCUUGUUUCAUCCAGAAUCUCAUAGCCAAGCAACAGAAUCUUGAAGCAGUUAAAUUUGCUUUUGCUUUUGAGCUUGUGGACCGUUUCCCACCAAUACCUAUUCUGAAAGAUUAUGUGAAACAUGUUAUGUGGAUUUCGGAGACUGUCCGCGGUAGAGAAACAUGCUCAGUCGAAGAAAAGAUUGAAGCCAUUGAACAGAGUGUAGCUUCUAUUAGAGCUGUUAUUGGAUCCAUUUUGGAUCACAAGCUUCAAUCUCAAUACCCACUUACUCAGCUUGAAGAGUGUAUAGAAUCUCUCACAAGGCUGAAGGCAGAUGCAACCACAUCAUCUGUCAAUUCUGAGGCUCAAAAGCCACAGCAGACUCGGGUGAAACAGAUGGCAUCAACCUGUCCAUCUGUUCUCACUGAUACAAAGGCCCUCAGCUCUACUUCAUCCUCUGAAACGGCCUCCACUUGCAAGUUAGGUCAUUCUGAUGCUUUCGCUGUCAUCCUUGUGGGCAUGGGAGGUAAGAAUUUGCAGGCUUUUUUAAAUGAUCAUUGUCAAGAGCUCGAGUUGUUGCGCGUUGAAGUCUCUACAGCUCUUAAACUAUCAACUGACUCGGGGAUGCUUGUGCUGGAAGCACUUGGAGGGUUUUAUCCUGAAAAACCUCGUAAAGAAAAGAUAGAAUGUAAUCGUAGUAUUAUCAGGAAAAGUUGUAUCCUUUUAUUGGAACAAUUGAUUAGAAUCUCUCCAGAUAUUACACCACAGGCUAAGUUAGAAGCGAGCAAGCUUGCAUUUGACUGGAAAUCAAAGAUGAUAGAUGAAAUAGAAAACCAUUUGGCGAUCUUGGGUUUUCUGCUUCUAGUAGGUGCCUACAGCUUGGCCUCUUCCUUUGAUAAAAAUGAGCUAAAGAGUUUGUGUCGCACUGUAGCACAACAUGCGAAUGUAAUUCAGAUUUGUCAUGUACUUGGUAUUUCUCACUCUAAAGGUGAACCUCUUUCCAACAAUAUUGAAAGGAGAAGCAAGGGUCAGCUUUUAAUAUCUGGUUGUGCUUCGAGUGUUGUCCACGCCACAUCAGAUCCCGCAAAAAUUGUCUUGGAUGCAUUGAGGAAGUGCUAUUCUGCAGAACGGGAGAAGUCGAAAAAUGAACUUACCAAAAAAAGAAAAAGGGAUAGCAAAAAGUUUUCAUCAGUUAUGACUAGGUUCCCUGAUUUGUUGGAACAGCUGAGAGAAGUUUCUCCAGAAAUAAGACCUCAGGUUAAAACUGAGGCUACUGAGUUUGCAGUUGAGUGGCGAGCAACAUUGAUCGGAUCAUGGGAGGCCAUAGGCUUUUUGCACUUUUUAGCUACUUUUGAAUUGUCAUCCUCUUUUGAUUCAGAUGACCUUAUAGGUUUCUUGAAGAUUGUUCAGCAUACCAGCAAGGUAAUGGAUCUGAUCAGAAUCCUCGGGUUAGCUGAUAAGAUUCCAUGCUUUAUCGAAAAUCUUAUCAGGAAAAGGCAAUUGCUGCUGGCAAUCAAAUACAUCUAUGAAUUUGAACUUGUUGACUCGUUUCCACCUGCUCCUCUCCUGAAGAACUAUGUUCAGGGCUCAAUAGUGCUAGCCAAACAAAUACGUAGUGAUGGUCACGAUUCUCGUCAAGCCCAAGAAAAGGCUAUAUUUUAUGAACUAUCUGCACUGAGAGCUGCAGUUAACCGCAUUGUGUUGCACAACCUUCAAUCAGAAUACUCACCUGACCAACUUAGAGCACGUAUCGCCGAGCUUGAAAGAGAGAGGGCAAACUUAAGUAUCCCAGAAAAACAUUCAGGCUUUGCUGCUAAGUUCCAAUGUGAUGGGAGAAGCGGAGGAACUCAAUGUGAGCCAAUUUCUCAAGGGCAAAAAGUUGUCGCCAACAAGAAUCUUGCCUCAUCUAAUGAGGGUGUUUCUAUCCAGCAGUCCCGACAAAAACGACGGAAAAUGAAGCGCCUUCACAAGUUAACCCUGCAGUCAAAAGUUAGUCGAGAUGCUAACUUUAGCACUGCUCCUACUUUACAGCUGCACCCUGGCCAAUUCAUGCAACAUAACAGAUCAGAUGCUGCCGCAGGACGGAUAUUCAGGAAUUAUUCUGGUUUCAAUGACCAUUUCAUGGUUGCUUCAGGUGUGCCACUACCCUUGUUGCCACCGGCAAAUCCCUUUUACCAUCAGUAAAAUUCCCUUCCACCUAGUAUUGUACAUCCCAGUUAUUUUUCUUAGCACAUGUGAGCUUGGAAAUCCAAUAGUAUAUAUUAUUUAUGUACACAUGUUUUAAGUUUGUGUGUUUAUAAGGACCUUGGAAUGAAUGUGUUUAAAUUGAUGCAAAAGUAACUCAAGCAAAUCA